AUGGAUAGGACCUCUGAUCACGGCUCACUCGGCGUGUGCCGCCAGGAUACUCGUGCCCCGUAUAGGCAAAUCUCGACCGAGUGGAUUGAGCAUACACAAACACUUGACAUUCUUGUUUUCGCCAACACUUAUUCCGGCGAUGGCGAAACGAAUAGUAGCGACUUUCCAUCCUGGGUAAUCAACUGGGAUCUGCCCACAUCGCCGAUUUGGGCUAGAGCCCUCCCUUGCAGGUUUAAAAUCAUCCCGUAUGACGAACCAAAGCGUUCAGGCCUGUGGAAAUGGUUAGAUAAUCUUUAUUUCCACGGCCGGGGCGACCGAGCCAGGUGCCUUGAAAAAUAUGAAGGGGCAACCCCUGGGACACAGCCGUUGUGGGCUUUUCACAAUCACGGCAAGAGCCUUGCCGUCGCCGGUGUCGUCUUGACUCAAAUUACUUCUCAUUUCACGCCGCCGCAACCCAUUCGGGAUCUCUUCUCUCUAUAUUACGACGCAAGUGUCGGUAUGAGCAGAGACCAAUAUAUGAGUUCGACAGGUCCUUGCGGAGCGUUCCUGGAUAGAGCAAGGGGGGGUCCCGAAGGUCCCGAGUUCUUCCUGUGGCUGCAGCGGAGGCUGGCCGCAGGCAGAGAAAAGCUUGCGGCAUCUUGGCGUGAAGACUCAUUAGACUCAUUCAUGUCCAAGAUUGCGUUACAUGGAUUUCCAGACGAAAGUCACGAAAAGGAAUGGGGGGUCGAUUGGAUGUUGGGAGAAAAGGAUCUUUGUGCCGCGGCCAGUCAAACAAGGAGAAAUUUGCGAAACGAGAGGCUGAGUCUGGUUCUCUGCGAGACCAACUCCGCAUGUCCCGGUAGUCUGGCAUACGCUGCGAGAGGAGCUCAGAAAGGGGACACGGUGGCUCUGGUUUCUGGGGUGUCAUACCCUCUCGUGCUUCGCCCUACUGGCGACAAACGCUCCAGGUUCAGACUGAUUGGACCUAUCUUCCUGCCGGGGGUGAUGGACGGAGAGCUGAAGGAUCUGUUGAAGCCGGAAGUGUUUGACGAGAUGGUGUUGGUUUAA